AUGGCGGCCAGCGAUAGAAGGAUUCAUGCAGGAAGGGGAAAAGUUGGCUUGAUGGGCGCUGAGGAAGCGGGAGCAAGCAACCACAACCACCCCGAAUCUGCUGGUGGCUCUCAGGCGAGGUGCCGGAAAGCCGGUGGUUUCGAGGAAGUCUGGGUUUCUGUUCGUGAAGCGAUUAAUAGAGAGACAUAUAUCGAAUCUGAUUCUAAUGGAAGCUCCCAGAGUGACAAGGAAGAUGACGAAGGUGGUGUGCAAAUCAACUGCUUUUCCGAAGAGUCGGAUAGUGUUACUCUCCACUUUCAGAUCAUACGUCUUCAAAAACAGAUUAUUGAUGUGGUGUAUGCGAAGCAUUGCUCAGAUGCAGUAAAAUUACCCAAUAUAAGUAGUCAGAUAUAUGCAUGGAUCGGUUGCAACUCAGCCAAUUUCGGAAAUUUAUAUGCCGCUCUGCUGGCAAGACCUAAAAACACAGUUAGUGUUACUUCCAUAAUUGGGGGAGCUUCUGAUUAUACAGGAUCUGGCAUUGCUCGUCGAUUAGUUUUGAAGACUGGUCUCAAUGUCAUAUUGGCUUGCAACAUACCAAAAAACAGCCCCAUGCUUGAGGCAGAUGCUGAGAAAAAGCUGGUGCAAAAACUAAUCAAUCUGGGAUACGCUAGGCCAAAAUCCAAAGGAUGACCUUAGUAGCCGGAAGCUGAGACUGGUAUGCUAAACAUGAAAGAUACAAUUAGUUUGUUUAUACUUUAUAGCGAUUCUGCUGGCACUGUGAUACCCACUAUAGCCCAGGAAACUGCAACCAGGAGUUCUGGCACCAUUGAUGGAUCAUGCUAUAUUGUUUUACAUUCUGGUAUUCCUUUUUCCGAUGAUCCUGUGCUUUAAUGUCCUGUUUGCGUUAAGUUCAACUGUUGGUAACAAGGUCUUGUUACAUAAAACUCUUACAAGGUUUAGUCUGUACGCUGGCUACUGUAUAACUGAACCAUUGUUGGAUACUGUUGAAGCUCUCUUCCUUCUUACACGGGUCAUCGAUAUAAUUGCUCUAUAUUUAAAGGGUGCAACUGGAAUUGUUAGUUUGCUUAUGUGCAGUCUUUCUUAAGUUGUUGUGAUGCGCUUCUUGGAAAUGUGUGUGUUUUUCGGUUUAAAAAAAAAAAAAGGUCGUCACCCAUUAUUAGUACCCACCUAUGUGGGUUUCUUAUUGGAAGUGUUUCUUUUCUUCUUUUCAUUUUGUGCGCGCGCCUGCUCUCGUCUUCCUAGGGUGUAAAGACUUGUCAUGGCAAGCGAUUCAUUGAGGUACCAUGUAGCAGCAAAUCACAACAAUGGACAAUCAGCUUGCGGUAUGUGUAAUUUAAAGGCAGAGCGAAAGCCUAAAUUACUAAGCGUUUGAAUGAUUUAUCCUUCAGUUGUCGUUGAUUGUCUUAAGAAUAA